AGCCACGUAAGCUGCAACAUACAAAUACCAAUCUCCUUCUCUGCUCCUCCUAAAUCUGACCAGUCCUCUCUUCUUUAUAUUGCUUACGUUCACAAGAUACAACAACAUAAAAAAAAAAAGGAAAAUUUUUAAUUUUUUUCUCCGUUCACAUUCGAUUGCUGCAAAACCUAUCUGGGUUCACACACCAUUUUCAUUCAUUUCUUCUCUCUGUUUUUUCCCUUGUAUUUUUGAGCGUUUUCUUUUCCCUCUCUGGGCUCCAUAAAAGUAUUAGUUUUUUUUUUCCGUUGGGGGUUCGUAUCAAAAUCCGUGCUUCCCCAUCUGUUUUAUAAAAUCAAAAUCGUGUUUUUUUCAUCUGGGUCUCGGCAGAAACCCCGAUUUUAUCAGAGAUCCGUCGUUCUCGAGGUGAAAUCUCGAGCCUUUGUUCCCCUUUUGGCCCAAGUGAUGCUCUGCAGAAAUGGCGAAUCUAGUGCCUGGAGUGUUACUGAAGCUCCUUCAGCACAUUAACACCGACGUUAAAGUCGCCGGAGAACAUCGGUCGUCUCUGUUACAGGUUGUGAGUAUAGUGCCGGCUUUAGCCGGCGGUGAGCUAUUUCCGAAUCAAGGGUUCUACCUCAAAGUCUCAGAUUCGUCUCAUGCCACAUACGUGUCUUUGCCUGAUGAACAUGAUGAUUUGAUUCUGAGUGAUAAGAUCCAAUUAGGUCAGUUUAUUCAUGUUGAUAGGCUUGAAUCUGCCUCUCCUGUUCCGCUUGUUCGCGGUGUAAGGCCUGUUCCUGGUCGACAUCCCUGCGUUGGUUGUCCUAAAGAUAUUGCAGCUACUCAUUCACCAGGGUUUCUUCGUAAUAACAAUGUGAGUGAUAAUGAUGGUAGUAGUGGCAAUGGAUAUAAAGAGAAAUCUAAGACAUCUGCUAAAGGAAUUAUUGGGAAUGGGAGUGUAUAUGAGAAGGAGAAAUCAGUGGGGAGUAGGCUGAGUCUUAGUUCUAAAGAUGAACACUUUAAUAGUAAAAAGCCCAUGGCUACGGGUUUAGCUCGAGCAAAGUCCCAGCCGGGGAGACUGAGUUUGGAUGUGAAGAAGGAAACAAUGGGGAAACCGAAGAUUUCACGUUCAAAUUCGAUUCCUUCUUCGCCUAGAAGUUGUUAUUCAUUGCCUACAUCGUUUGAGAAGUUUGGAAAUGGGAUUAAACAGCAGCAGGAGAUGAAGACUAAGGUAUUGGAGAGGGGUUCGCCUAGAGCAGCAUUGUCAGAGAAAGGGAGGUCUUCUCUCAAGGCUGAAAGUCCGAGUUUCGGGAGAAAGCUCCCAAUGAUUAAGAAUUUUGUGCACGGGAUCGAGUAUGGGGCCAAGGUGCUAAGGAAGAGUUGGGAGGGUAGUAUAGAAUUGAAGAGUCGGGAUAGCCCAAAACUGAAGGCCGGAAAACAUGAUUCAACCCCUGAUUCCGGGGGUUUAUCAGCUUCCAGGAGGAAAAGCACAUCGAGUGAGAAGCUGCCAACCAAAGAGGAGAGGGCAGAUAUAUUCUCAAGAUCGUCGAAGGAGGGAAAUAAGAUCCAGCCAACUAAGAAAGUCAGUGCAAAUGGAACAUUGGACGACAAUGAUAAGACGAGUAGGCCAAAAACGACAUCCCUUGGGAAACAAUCAACUGCAGGGCAAACGAAUAACGGGUUGCCUGCGAAUUUGGUCAGAGUCCCUGUAAACGGUAAAAGAUUAGCUGAUGCAAUGAUCCAAUGGAGUUCACUCCCCUCUUCUCUUUCGAAGCUAGGAAAGGAAAUCUUGAGGCAUAGAGAUGCGGCUCAAGUGGCUGCCAUCGAGGCUAUGCAGGAAGCUGCAGCUUCUGAGAGCUUGCUUCAAUGCCUCAGUAUGUACUCAGAUCUCAUGUCAACCGCUAAGGAAGACGAUCCACAGCCAGUGGUUGAGCAGUUCUUGAAGCUCCAUUGCAGCUUGAAGAACAUUCAAACGAUAACCGACUCGUUAUCGAAAACAAUUUCUCCAGCAUCAUCCCCGGAAAACAAAGAAUGUAAAUCAGAGGAAGCCAUGAAAGUUUCUUCCGAAAGACGGAAGCUUGCAGCCUCAUGGGUCCAGGCCGCCUUAGCCACCAACUUAUCAUCCUUCUCUGUCUACACCAGCAGCAACCCGGCCAAACCUGUCGCCUCGGGUAACAAGCCCGUCUUAUUCCUCGAGAACCCGGGCAAUAAUUCUACAAGUAAAACCCGAGGGAGCGUCCGAACCCGACCAGUGGUUGGUUCCAAGCUCAUGGCACAAGGCAUCAUCCGCAAACCAGGUGACAAUGCAAGCCAAAAGACUGCAACCUUGGUGGUUCCGCCUCUCGAAUGGGCGAAAGGGAACGGUCUCGACGAGGCGAUUGAUCUCGUCGAGAAGUUGCAGGUGGUUUCGCAAGAUUGGUUCUUGGGUUUCGUGGAAAGGUUCUUGGAUGCUGACGUGGAUGCAUCGUCAAGUUUGUCGGAUAACGGGCAGAUAGCCGGGAUGCUGAGUCAGCUCAAGAGCGUGAAUGAUUGGUUGGAUGAGAUUGGAUCGUCACCCGGGAAAGAGGAGGGAGGAGAUUCGUCAGAAGUGCCAGAGGAAACGAUCGAACGGCUAAGGAAGAAGAUCUAUGAGUAUCUUCUAUCUCAUGUGGAAUCAGCUGCUGCAGCUCUUGGUGGUGGCUCGGUUUCUUCUCCAAGACCCAAACCGGUUGAAACAAAAGCAAAAAGAUAACCGGUUUGGUUUGGUGUUGGUUUUGUUUUCGGUACAAUAAUCUUAAAAUAGGGAGGCUCCAUGGCCAUCAAUAGCCUCGAGGAGUACUAGGUUAUAACUUAAAGCAAUGUGAGAGUGGUUUGGUUGUAUAUAUGAAUUUGGCGGUGAAAUUUUCCGGUAUAGAUGCGGUUAUUUAUCAUCGGUAUGAAGUGUACCGAUUCAAUAUUUUGAGUCUGUUCAUGGUAUUUAUAAAGCCGGUUAUCGGUAAGAAGACGUUUUGGAUAUGGAAAAUUUCAAUGUUUUAGGCC